AUGAAACUUUACUGUUUGAGCAGCGAUGCGGCGAAACCGUGUUUCGUGCUGUCAUUCAAGGAAUUGAUGAUAAUGCUGGACUGCGGGUUGUCGGCGCAUUCUGUCCUGAACUUUCUGCCGUUGCCACCGGUGCCCAGCACACGACUCGCCUCGCUACCCAAUUACACACCACCGCACCUUAACGAUCCACUAUUGGAAGGAGAACUUAAAGAAUGCUGCGGGCGCGUAUUCGUGGACAGUAUCCCAGAAUUUUGCCCACCGUUGGACAAGGUCGUUGACUUUUCACAGCUAGACGUGAUCCUGAUCUCCAACUAUACGUGCAUGAUGGCACUACCUUUUAUCACUGAGGACACGGGCUUCAAAGGCCAAGUAUACGCCACGGAACCCACGCUUCAGAUCGGGCGAUUCUACCUGGAGGAGCUGGCCGAGUGGGUGGCGGGAGCGGGCGGCGCGGCCGGCGCGGCGCGGCGCUGGAAGGAGCUGCUGCACGUGCUGCCGCCCCCGCUGGCGCUGGCCGCGCGCCCGCGAGCCUGGCGCCGCCUGUUCGCCCCCGCCAGCAUCGCCCGCGCCCUCGCCCGCGUGCGCGUGGUGGGCUACGACGAGCGCGUGGACAUCUACGGCGCCCUGGACGCCACGGCCGUGAGCUCGGGCUUCUGCCUGGGCUCGGCCAACUGGGUGUUGCGCUCGGCGCACGAGAAAGUGGCGUACGUGAGCGGCUCCAGCACCCUCACGACGCACCCGCGCCCCAUCAACCAGGCGGCGCUGCGCGGCGCGGACCUGCUGGUGCUGGCCGCGCUCACGCAGACGCCGGCGCACAACCCGGACCACAUGCUGGGGGACCUGUGCGUGCACGCCACGGUGACGCUGCGCGCGGGCGGCUCGGUGCUGUGCCCCGUGUACCCGAGCGGCGUGCUGUACGACCUGCUGGAGUGCCUGUCCGCGCACCUGGACGGCGCGGGGCUGGCGCACGUGCCGCUCUACGUCGUGUCGCCCGUGGCCGACUCCUCGCUCGCCUACAGCAACAUCCUCGCCGAGUGGGUGUCCGUCGGGAAACAGGCGCGCGUGUACCUGCCGGAGGAGCCGUUCCCGCACGCGGCGCUGGCGCGCGGCGGGCGCCUGAAGCACGCGCGCUCGCUGCACGACGACGCGCUGGGCGACUUCCGCCAGCCCUGCGUGGUGUUCGCCGGACACCCCAGCCUGCGGUUCGGGGCCGCCGUGCACCUCGUGGAGCUGUGGGCCUCCAAUCCGGCCCACGCCAUCAUAUUCACAGAACCGGACUUCCCGUACGCGGACGCGCUGGCGCCGUUCCAGCCGCUCAACAUGAAGGCCUUCCACUGCCCCAUCGACACGUCGCUCAACUACUCGCAGGCCAACAAGCUGGUGCGCGAGCUGCGGCCGCGCGAGCUGGCGCUGCCCGAGCAGUACGCGGGCGCGCCCGGCGCGGCGCCGCGGCCGUGCAUCAGCGCCGACGUGCCCACCGUGCUGCUGCGGCGCGGCGCCGCGCGGCGCCUGGGCCCGCGCCGCGCCCUGACGCGCGCCACGCUGAGCGGCGCGCUGGCCGCCUCGCUGGCGCCGCGCGAGCUGCGCGCCGGCCUGCGCGCCGCCCCGCUGGCCGCGGCGCUGCGCGUGCGCGACUCGCGCGUGUCGCUGGACGAGCCGCCGCGCCGCGCCGCGCCGCGCCUGGAGCUGGGCGCGCCCGACGUGGACGCGCUCGUGCGCGAGCUGGCGCGCGAGGGCGUGGGCGACGCGCGCGUGGAGCGCGGCCCGGACGGCUGCAUCGUGCACCUGCCGCGCCACGACACGCUGCUGCACGUGGAGCGCCACGCCACGCACGUGUUCUGCGAGGGCGGCGCCGACCUGCGCCAGGCGCUGCGCCGCGCCAUCGCCGCCUGCCUGCCCAGCGUCUGA